AUGGUCCAAAUCGCCUCUGUCUUUGCUCUCGCCGCCCUCACCGCCGUCCAGGCCACCCCGAACUCGGCCAACAUGAUCCAGGUCUUUGGUGGCAAGGAAGCCGAGAUUGGCAAGCACCUCUACGUGACGGGUCGUCGCGAGGACGAGACGGACCAAAACUACUGCGGCGGUGCCGUCAUCUCGCCGACGGCGAUCCUCACGACUAGCUACUGCAUCGAAGACGACAACAUCAACUACGUCUCGAUCGGCUCGCACUACCUCAGCGGCGCCAAGGACGGCGAGCGCAUCGCGGUCAAGAAGAUCGUGCAACACCCCAAGUUCAACGACGACACGAUGGUCUACGACUUUGUGGUUCUCGAGCUCGCCAACGCGACAACUGUGACGCCGAUCGAGAUCCUCUUUGACGAGAACGACCCGGUCGUUGCCCCCGGCGCCGUCGCGACGGCCCGCGGCUGGGGCACGACCUCGGUGCUUGGCCCGCAUUCGGACGUUCUCAAGGAGGUCGACCUCAAGAUCUGGUCCAACAAGGACUGCCAGGCUGCUUUCGACAAUCUCCACAACCCGUCGCUGACGCCCGUGGAUGUGACGAUGAUCUGCGCCGGCGGCGUCAAGGGCGAGGGCACGUGUGAUGACGACGAAGGCGGCCCGCUCACGGUCUCCAAGGACGGCAAAGAAAUGCUCGUCGGUCUCACAAGCUGGAACGUUGCCUGCGCCCCGCCCGACCGCGCCAGUAUCUACUCUCGCUCUCGCAGGCCAAGGACUCUAUUGCGCCGUGCCUUACCAAGCCGGCAUGCUAGGCGAUGGCAUUCCGCAGCUCCGAUCGGUGCGGGUUUGUACGGACUAUAA